CCUCUUAUCAACGAGUGCAGUCCACUUCUACCGGACACCUGUGCUGAAGGCAAUAAUUGCGAACUGCGGGAAACCGGAAUCUACUCCUGUUCAACGGUUAUGGUGAAACCUACAUCCGACAUGAAUGAAUGGGUUCUGUGGGUAGUUGUGCCAUUAGUCGCUGUUUUAGUUCUAGCUACAUUGGCAGUUACCGCAUGGAUCUAUCGACACACGCUAUACAUGAUGAUGUGCUGCAAGAAACCAGAUUUCAAGCUUUUCGAAUCGACGGACUACUACAGAAGUCCAGUGCGAAUACCUAUGCCGCGUCGAAGUACCGACCAUAGUGGCUACCGAACCUAUCCGCAUCGCCGACAGGACAGUGUCGGACCUCAUCAUACGUUCAACAUCAGUUCCGCGGCUCCACGAGCCGUUCCCUCUGAAUACAUGAGCGGACCCAGAUUUCGUGGUCACCACCUCCCACCACCGAUUAUCACCUCCAAAGCUGAACUGGAUUUGUUGGAAGAGCAAGCUAGACGGAGGACUGUGGUUACGGAAGUUCUUCCGCUGUCGAGUCGAAGUGUGGGCAGUCAGGUGGUGAACACCGGGUAUUCAUCAGACUCGCCAGGGCCGUCGAUUUCGGCACAGAUGCCUCGUCCACGGGUCUUAACCCACUUGAACGGCCCUCCACCACUUACAGAUCUACCUGAGGAUCCGUCCAGUAGCUAUUCACUGUACUGGAGCGAUUCAACUCCAGAUGCAACAACCAAUGACGCCUAUGCAGACGACGAUGAUAGCGAAGUCAACGGCUAG